ACUGAUCACGUGGUUUCUACUACGAGUCGCUGAAGUUGGAGAAAAGUUUGACAAGCCAGAAGAAGAGCCCCGAAGAGGAGUAAAAGACCAGGAAAGGAGACCAAUAAUCGAUAACGGCGGUGGUUUAAUACGGAUUUAUGAUGGAAUCUGUCGCCCAGAAAGUGCUGAGCUCGGGGUUCACUCUGGAUUUGGGGCCUCUGAAGGAGCCGCUGGCUUUUAUUCGUGUGUUAGAAUGGGUCUUCGCCAUAUUUGCCUUUGCUACAACAGCAGGUUACAGUGGCACAACCAGCAUCCUCGUACAGUGUCAGGGGCACGACAGCCAAGAAGUACACGCAGUGUUUUUCUACCCUUUCAGGUUGAUGCAGCAGCCAUAUAAUGUUCCCACCUGCAACAAUCAGAGUACCACCACUGCUACCUAUUUGACUGGAGACUACGCAUCAUCGGCACAGUUUUUUGUCUGCAUUGGAGUGUUUGCCUUUCUCUACUGCACCGGCACAUUGAUCCUCUACUUGGGCUACCAGCAUGUAUACAGAGGAUCUAGCCGUGGACCAAUUGUAGAUCUGCUGGUGACUGCAGCAUUUGCCUUCCUGUGGUUGACGUCCUCUUCUGCAUGGGCUAAAGCCUUGUCCGAUGUGAAGUUGGCCACCAGUCCUGCAAAGAUUGUAUCCAAUCUCGGGGUUUGCAACAGUCCUAACCAAUGCACUGCAGGCGCCAUUCCUCACAUGGGCCGACUAAAUGCCUCGGUGAUUUUUGGUUUUCUUAACCUCAUCCUGUGGAGCGGCAACUGUUGGUUCAUUUACAAGGAAACACCUUUCCACAAAUCAGCCAACCAGUCAGCAGAUGUGGAGGGAGGAGUCGGACCAUCGUAACUGCUUCCUCAUUUCAAAAGAGUUUAACAAGUAGUAUUUUUGAAUGAGUUGUUUUGGUACUAAUUAUUCAAAGAAAAAUACUGGUCACAAGAGUACAUUUCCAAAACUGAGGGCUUAUAUUUGCUUGGUAGUCAUUGUAUAUUUAGUACAGUAAUUAUUUACAUGCAUUUAAUAACUAAAAAAUCAGUUCCUCAUGUUAAAAAAUAAAAUACAGGGGACAGUAGAGGUCAAAAGUUUAUUCUAACAUUUUUAAUGAAUUUUGUCAACCUGUUUACAGCCAAAUUUAUUUCUUUAUGAUAAAAAAAAAGUCUGACAUCACCAUGUCAUGAAAAAUAACUCAGGGCCUUAAAGUAUAUGAAUUACAAAGUACCUAAGAAUAUGAGAAACUGGAAGUAAAUCCAUUAUUCACACAGAUUUAAAUGUAAAAAACAUCCAAAUUCAGCCCUGUUCUAAGACGUACAGCAUGCAUGGAAAAGUUUAAUUAAAAAUAUUACAUGGUAAUUAGAUUUAAAAAAUCAGUUGCUGUUAUGAGAUUAUUUAUAAUAGUUGAACAUUUUUAUUUAACCUUUUUUAGUACUAUGUUGCUCCUCAUGUCACUGUCAGAGUAAAUCCACCAUUUCAGUUGACUAUAACAUAUGUUGAAUGUGGUCAUUAAAAUAUAAAGUAUGUUUUUGCCUUUUAGGUAGUAAUUGUUUUUUUUCCCCUUAAAUACUGUUUUUUUUUUUUUUGCCUUGUAUGUUUCUGAUGCUUAAAUUAAGAAAAAAAAGCGGGGCCCUAAAAGCCAAAUGUAAUACCUGUUAAAAAGUGUCGCUGUUACUUUUCUAUGUUGCUCUUCCAAUUGACUGAACCCUAACCUGUUAUUAACUCACUGCUUAUAGUUUACUUUCUGAUUUUUUUUACUGUUCCCCCAUACCCAGUUGUUGCAAAUAUUAAAAGGCUGGUUGUUGUUUUUUUGUUCUCCUUUGGAAUCAUUGCAAAAAUUUCCUAUUUUAAUACAGCCCUGCCUGGUUCGCAGUUUUGAGUGUGAUCAAAUGCUGUGUUGAUAAGUGUCAAAUAAAUAAACCUGGAGUUUCUUUGAGAUGCCAGAAAGAAACAUGGAUAUAAAUGCUGUGCAGCAUUAAACUCAAGGUCUGGAUCAUC